GCACUUAUGCCCCAGAAAAGGGGAAAAGGACUCGAGUGAUGUGCAUGCAAACGCGUGUCCUGGCGGAACACGCCAUCCGAGCACUGACAGAAGCAUGCAGCAGCACUGAUCCCUAUCCACUACCAACACGCGUAUGUGUGCCUUCAUCCAAAGAGACACAGAGGUAUGGCCACUGCGAUCUGAUAUGCAGCGUCGCACAAACUGUAGAGACACUGGGGCGCUGAUUGAUAUUUACUUGAAGGACGGCCCUGUGUCUACUGGUCUUGGUCUUCAUCGACUGUGUCGUCAGUGUCAUCACUCCAGUCGUCGUAACCGGAUUGCUGGCUAUCAUAGUCGCCAUCAUCCGCCCCACCUUCUUGAUCGUCGUCCGUUUCCUCAUCAUCUGUCGGUUCCGACUGAUCCGCCUCCCGCCUGCUCUUGUUGCUGCCUCCAUGAGGCAACUUGUUCCUCCUUGAUGUGGUGAGAUUGGCACGCUGUCCUUUUUUGCUUGCCUGACACAGCAACACAGCACCCACACGGAUGAGCAUCUGGUAUUCACUUUCCUUCUUGGCUCACCUUGUUUGUUAUCAAGACGGUCGAUGAGGUCAGGUCCAGCGGAGCAGAUGUGGUGACAUCCGCAUCCGCCUCUGCAUUGGCCGUCACAUCCACGCCAUCCGGCGGCGGCCCCGCGGUGGUCGUGUUGCUAUCUUCUGUGUGUUCUGAGAGGGAAGGGAGGGGAGGGCUGGACGACAAGAGGGGCCGGGGAGUGGUUGUCGGUACGACAGAGGGAUGCUGAGGGGAUGGUGGCGGAUGUGACGGCAUGGCAGCUGGUGGGGCCGAGGGGUAGAGAAGAUCGGGCGACAGAGUGAGGUCGAUGUGUGUCAAGUUAUUCUGACCGGCCGCCAUGUCACCGCUUGUGUGGUUGAGCUCGGGCGCCACGGUGCCAAAGACCGCCACGUCAAGCGAUUCCACUUCCUGCUCGACCUUCUGCUGUUCCGAUAUCACGCGGCUCAUCAUCGACCGCAACUCAUCCACCUCCUUGGACACGCUGAAGCGAGGGACAGCAGCGAAGAACACAGAUAUCUGCGUAUGUGCAAGGGUGUUUUUCGUGAGCUGUGUGUACACGACGGUGCUGUUAUUAUCGGGCAGCCCCUGGCAGCUCUCGCACUCGAUAAGGGAAUCGAACAACUCCUGAGGGGCGAACGAUUCCUGAGGAAACAACCAACCGACGCAUUCACACAUAGAUGGGGCGAGAGCCUUCUCCGCCGCUUGCCUUGCCGAACAUGUGCCUCGUCGGCUGUCCAUUUUCAUCGACGCACGUCAGCCCCAGAUCGUAGUUCAGGAGAUCCUGGCAACAGGACACACAUGGAGUCCUUAUGCUGUCGUGCAUACGUGUUUGUUUGACCUCCUCACUGCAGUUGGUUUCGAUCAUACACGUGCCGAGACUGUUCCUCCAGGUCGCCACGCAGUCGCCAGGGCCAUAAUAUGCCUUCUUCGGCGCGGGAGUGGUCGCACCUCACUCGCACGAGAAGCCUGAGGUCACACAUCCACCCAUGCAGAGCCAUCUGCUUUGUCUUCUUUUGCCUUCUCCUUGCUGUGCCAGGUACCUGACCUCCUUCAUUCUGUCGUGGAUGAGUGUCCGCAGCACCUUGACGCGUUCGGUGGAUGUCAUAUUAAGCAGCUCUGGCGGGAGCGACAGCGGUGCUGGAGUGGUGGGGGCCGCCGGCACAGGUGAUGGCUUGGCUGUCGUGGGCGAGACGGUCGGGGUGGGCAAAAACGUCGUCUCCUUCCCAGUGUCUGAUGGCGCAUUUGUCGUCUUAGCGCUUGUCGAGUCCGGGGCUGCUGCUGUAGUGGCAUUUGGCUGCUGGAGCGUCUGUCUGCGCCGCUGAACUUGGCUGUGGGGAGCUGCAACAUACCGAUCUGCCGCGGAGCGGCCCGUGCGGACAUCCUCUACACACGUAAGAGAAAUACAUGGACAGGAAUACGAGAUAGACGGACAUGUAUUGUGUGUGCAUCCACACACCAGUGGCUAUACCUCUAAGUCUGUCUUCAAAUGCCAAUGGCGGCAAGCACUCGUCGCAGCGUACGCCACUGUCAAAAUCUUCCUCUGCGUCGGAUGUGCCCACGCCGUACGAAUGCAGCUGUGCCUUGUGGCCGGACGGCGAGGCGAGACGGACGCUUGUGACAUCACAGAAAUAGCAAGGUGUCGUGGCUGAUUUGACGCCACCUUCUUUGCGUUCUUUGUCUUACCAUAUGAAUGCAAAUUCGACGUCUGAUGUGUCGAUAGCGUCGUCACACUGUGUUGCGAUAACGCACGAGCCACUCUUGGACCGCGACACCUUCACACAGCUCGCCGGCCCGUACCCAGCCGCGACAAGCUGAAGUGCGCUGAGAGGCUUGGACCCACGCUGGCACCACAGAUGGGACACACGGCUCCACGAUAUACGCAUAAGGCGUUUGUGUAGAUACCGUAUCGUCGAUUCGAUGUGUCCGGAGAGAUGCAGCAAGGCUGACCGGCAGCCAGCUGAUGACUGGAAGAGGGCAAUCCAGAGGGGACAUCCAGCAUCCAUGGAUUUUUUUACCUGCUAGCGCCAGAGUGAGCACGUUGUGGAAGCAUCUCGGCAAAGGAAACCCUCUGACGGCGCACCUACUUAGCCUCAUCAUGGUCCCAUUUGGGAUGCAG